CUGCGCUUGGCCCCCCUGCUCUCCAUCAAAGGGGCUGGCUGGCGCGGGGGGCUGCUACCACUGCCCCGCUUAUGCAGCCAGAGCCCGUCGAGGCUUGGCGCCGCCUGUCCCGCAGCGAGCCAAGCCCAGCCCGGAGCCGAGUGGAUUUAACCCGUCAAAAUCAGAGCAAAGCAAAAAAGCAGACUUCUCCUUUUGCAACCGCUGUGGAAUAACCCUCGCCCCGUCUUGGGAAAGCAGCGCGCGCGCCUCCCCGAAGGCACAGCCGGGCACAACUGAGUCUUCUUCUUCUUGCUAUGGAUUCUUUUAAAGGUGGGAUGAAUUUGGAAAGGGUUCCCGACGGCUUGAGAGCUCCCCAGGCGCCCCACGACAUGGCUUCCAGCUUCCAUUUGCAGAGAUCGUCCGAGGCCAGGGAAGCGAUCGAGAAUUCCGCCAGCGAAUCGUCCGACACCGAAGUCCCAGAAAAGGAGCGAAGCGGCGUGCAGAAAAGCGACGACGGGAACGUGGAUGACCCGGCGAAGAAGAAGAAGCAGAGGCGGCAAAGGACGCACUUCACCAGCCAGCAGCUGCAGGAGCUGGAGGCCACUUUCCAGAGGAACCGAUACCCGGACAUGAGCAUGAGGGAGGAGAUCGCGGUGUGGACCAACCUCACGGAGCCCCGAGUCAGGGUGUGGUUCAAGAACAGGCGCGCCAAGUGGCGGAAGCGGGAGCGCAACCAGCAGAUGGACCUGUGCAAGAGCGGCUACGUGCCGCAGUUCAGCGGCCUGAUGCAGCCUUACGAGGAGGUGUACGCGGGCUACCCGUCCAACUACUGGCACGCCAAGAGCCUGGCGCCGGCGCCGCUCUCGUCCAAGAGCUUCACCUUCUUCAACUCCAUGAGCCCGCUCUCGUCGGCGCAGUCCAUGUUCUCGGCGCCCAGCACGCUGCCCUCCAUGAGCAUGCCGUCGUCCAUGGGCCACUCGGCCGUGCCGGGCGUGCCCAACGCGGGCCUCAACAACCUGAGCGGCUCGUCGCUCAACACGGCCAUGUCGUCGCCCGCCUGCCCCUACGGCCCGCCGGGCUCGCCCUACAGCGUCUACCGGGACACUUGCAACUCCAGCUUGGCCAGCCUGAGGCUCAAGUCCAAGCAGCACUCGAACUUCGGCUACAGCGGCCUGCAGAGCCCCGGCUCCACCCUCAACGCCUGCCAGUACAACAGCUGA